CGGAGGUCGACCCGGGGGGCUCCGGCUUCGCUCCCUCCCUCCCUCCCCAGCCGCUGAGAGGCGAUGGCGGAUAUUGACAAACUCAACAUCGACAGCAUCAUCCAACGGCUGCUGGAGGUAAGAGGGUCAAAGCCUGGUAAAAAUGUUCAACUUCAAGAGAACGAAAUAAGAGGACUGUGCUUGAAAUCUCGAGAGAUCUUUCUCAGUCAACCCAUUCUGUUAGAACUUGAAGCACCACUUAAAAUAUGUGGGGACAUCCAUGGACAAUACUAUGACUUGCUUCGACUCUUUGAAUAUGGAGGAUUUCCACCUGAAAGCAACUAUCUAUUCCUUGGUGACUACGUUGAUAGAGGGAAGCAGUCUUUAGAAACAAUUUGCCUUUUACUGGCCUACAAGAUAAAAUAUCCAGAGAAUUUUUUCCUCCUUAGAGGGAACCAUGAAUGUGCCAGCAUCAAUAGAAUUUAUGGCUUCUAUGAUGAAUGUAAAAGAAGAUAUAACAUCAAGCUGUGGAAAACCUUUACAGACUGCUUUAAUUGUUUACCAAUUGCAGCCAUUGUGGAUGAGAAAAUAUUUUGCUGCCAUGGCGGCUUAUCGCCAGACCUCCAAUCAAUGGAACAAAUCCGACGAAUUAUGCGCCCCACUGAUGUGCCAGAUCAAGGCCUCCUUUGUGAUCUGCUGUGGUCUGACCCUGACAAGGAUGUCCUCGGAUGGGGUGAAAAUGACAGAGGAGUUUCUUUCACAUUUGGAGCUGAAGUGGUUGCAAAGUUCCUCCAUAAGCAUGAUUUGGAUCUUAUAUGCCGAGCUCAUCAGGUGGUUGAAGAUGGAUAUGAGUUCUUUGCAAAAAGGCAGCUGGUAACUCUGUUUUCAGCCCCAAAUUACUGUGGGGAAUUUGACAAUGCGGGCGCCAUGAUGAGUGUGGACGAGACUCUAAUGUGUUCCUUUCAGAUCUUGAAGCCUGCCGAGAAAAAGAAGCCCAAUGCUAGCCGACCUGUAACGCCACCCAGGGGUAUGAUCACAAAACAAGCAAAGAAAUAAUCGCUCUUGGCCCUGCCUAGUUGGGACUUGUACUAUAGUAUAUAAUCUCCAUUUUUAAGAAAAACGGUAACGUGUAUCGGUCAGCUUGCUAAGACUAGAUUAACGUGUUUGUGGUUUUUUUGUUCAUUUUGAUGGAUGGCAUUUGCUGGUUGUAACAGCAAAUGAGACUUUCUCCCUUCUCAAGAAGAGUUUUAAAAGAUUCUGUAUUUGUUUGGAGAGAGAGAGAGAAAACCCUUUUCCUUAUCGGUGUUCCAGCUGUGUACUUCACAGCAACUUAUCCUGUCAUUCCGGGUAAUUGUACAACUGACUCCUUGAACCUGUACAGACCAGGUGGUGUGUGAUGCCUGCUUUUCUUUUAAGACUUAAAGAGGCACAACUGUGCCCACAAGACUAGGAAACUUAUUACUGUCAAAUUACAUAUUGUUUAUACAAACCACUGUGAAUGUCUUUUAAUUUUUUUGUUUUUUGGAGGGAUUGCUUUUUUCUUGUCAUGUACACAACUUACCUUGUCAACAUUUUGAAACCACUUCUCAACCUUUGCCAGUUUUGCUGGUAUGAUGUAUAUUUUAAUUGGAGCACACUUCUCCUCCCAUAUAUUUUAAAAUGACAAUUAAAAAGCCAUUAUUUUGAAGGUUUGUGUCUCUUUUGUGAAACCAAAGUGCGUAGGGGGAAUGUAUCAGCACGGCCCAUAGAGAUGCAUUGGAGGUGUCUAAGUUGGGUUUUUUCCUCUGCAGGAAGGACGGCUUGAACUAGCAGAGAGUAAUGCUGUGGUCAGCUGGAAUGCAGGAUUAAAGACUUUUGAUACUUACACUAUAUUCAAUGUCGAAGCUUACUACUGUGCUAUUUUAGCCAGUUCAGAAAGCUGUAACUUGUGAAGAGCGGUUCAGAGACUUGCCUGAGAAUUAAAAUUCAUUUAGGUUUUGUUUUAUUUGUAUCUGAAGAUUUGCUCUACAAAGCUUAGAAAGCAACCAGCCACAACAGUGAACACUGUUCACCUGUUUCUAUGAAUUUCACACAGUAUCUUGUUUUGGUUUUUUUGUUUUUAAAAAAAUACUGUAAUCUUUUUGAACAGAUGACAGUGUACAAUACAAUGUGGUAAAAUGCUUAUUAAAUGAAUAACUUCUUAAA